AGACGCACUUGGAGUGGAGUGUGCGUGUGUGUGUGUGUGUGUGUGUGUGUCCAGGCGGACUGCGCAGGGCAUCCUCAUCACCAUCUUCAUCAUCAUGCUGUGCAUUUAGCGCUCCUCCAGCAAAGUGACACGGCAGGGAAGUCGUGAGCUCAGCUUUGGGAUGAGAAUGAGGAGAGAAGCGUGCACGCCAGAGUGCGCGCUGAAUUGAGGGAUGCCAGAUUAGGCGUAAGGAUAUUUCUCAGCGUUUUUCUGCCUCCACGAAGUUCUGAUGUUCAACAUCUGCAAGGGCGACGCCCUCCGGCCCGGCAGCGUCUGUUAGCAUCUGUUAGCAGGUGUUAACAGCAGGGCAGGCCCGGGGUGAUGUCACAGCUGUACUACCGGCGCUCGGACAGCUCGUCAUACCGGGAUCGCAUCCCGCUGAGAAUCGUCCGAGCCGAGUCUGAGCUGUCGACGCUGGAGAAGGCGUACCUGGGCGCCGUAGAGAAAGGAGACUAUGCCAGCGUCAAGCAGGCCCUGCAGGAGGCGGAGAUCUAUUUCAAGAUCAACAUCAACUGCAUCGACCCGCUGGGCCGCACAGCGCUGCUCAUUGCCAUCGAGAACGAGAACCUGGAGAUCAUCGAGCUGCUGCUCGGCUUCAACGUCUAUGUGGGUGACGCCCUGCUGCACGCCAUCCGCAAGGAAGUGGUGGGCGCCGUGGAGCUGCUGCUCAACCAUAAGAAGCCCAGUGGUGGCAUGCAGGUUCCCCCCAUCUUACUGGACAAGCAGUUCUCCGACUUCACCCCUGACAUCACCCCCAUCAUCCUGGCGGCGCACACCAACAACUACGAGAUCAUCAAGCUUCUGGUGCAGAAAGGCGUGUCCAUGCCUCAGCCGCACGAGGUGCGCUGUAACUGUGUUGAAUGUGUGUCAAGUUCUGACGUGGACAGCCUGCGACACUCGCGUUCUCGCCUCAACAUCUACAAAGCGCUAUCCAGCCCUUCGCUCAUCGCACUCUCCAGCGAGGACCCCUUCCUCACGGCCUUCAGGCUCAGCUGGGAGCUUCAGGAGCUCAGCAAAGUGGAGAACGAGUUCAAAUCAGAGUAUGAGGAGCUGUCGCAGCAGUGUAAGCAGUUUGCCAAAGACCUCCUGGACCAGACCAGAAGCUCCCGAGAGCUGGAGAUGAUCCUCAACUACAGAGAUGAUGUCAAUCUGCUGGAAGAGGAGGGCAACGGAGAUCUGGCAAGACUCAAAUUAGCCAUCAAGUACCACCAAAAAGAGUUCGUAGCGCAGCCAAACUGCCAACAGCUCCUGGCGUCACGCUGGUACGAUGAAUUCCCCGGCUGGAGGCGGCGCCACUGGGCGGGCAAGUUCAUCACCUGCGUCUUCAUCGGCCUUCUCUACCCGGCGUUCGCCCUCUGCUACCUCAUCGCCCCCAAGAGUCGCUACGGGCUCUUCAUCCGCAAGCCCUUCAUCAAGUUCAUCUGCCACACCGCAUCCUACCUGACCUUCCUCUUCCUGCUGCUGCUCGCCUCGCAACACAUCGUCACCACCGAGCAGGACCGACAGGGGCCGGCGCCCACCACUGUGGAGUGGAUGAUCCUGCCCUGGGUGCUGGGUUUCAUCUGGGCUGAGAUCAAGCAAAUGUGGGAUGGCGGUUUUCAAGACUACAUUCAUGACUGGUGGAACCUGAUGGACUUUGUCAUGAACUCUCUGUACCUGGCCACCAUCUCGCUCAAGAUUGUCGCCUACACCAAGUACAGUGGAAGCAAACCCAGGAACCAGUGGGAGAUGUGGCACCCGACGCUCGUAGCGGAGGCUGUCUUUGCCAUUGCGAACAUCUUCAGCUCUCUUCGCCUCAUUUCACUCUUCACAGCCAACUCCCACCUGGGACCCCUUCAGAUCUCUCUAGGGAGGAUGCUGCUGGACAUCCUCAAGUUCCUUUUCAUCUACUGCCUGGUUCUGCUGGCUUUCGCUAACGGCCUGAACCAGCUUUACUUCUACUAUGAGACCAAAGCCUCCAGCGAGAGGGGCAAGUGUAAGGGCAUCCGAUGCGUGGAGCAGAAUAACGCCUUCUCCACGUUGUUCGAGACCCUGCAGUCUCUCUUCUGGUCCAUCUUCGGUCUGAUCAGCCUCUACGUCACCAACGUGGACGCAGACCACCAGUUCACAGAGUUUGUGGGGGCCACCAUGUUUGGCACGUACAACAUCAUCUCCCUGGUGGUGCUGCUCAACAUGCUCAUCGCCAUGAUGAACAACUCCUACCAGCACAUUGCGGAUCACGCCGAUAUUGAGUGGAAGUUUGCCAGGACUAAGUUGUGGAUGAGCUACUUUGAGGAGGGGGCCACCCUGCCGCCGCCCUUCAAUAUCAUCCCCAGUCCAAAGACCUUCUGGUACCUCAUGUGCUGGAUCAGGACACAAGUGUGUCACAGGAGCAGCUCCACCAGACACGACACCAUCGGGACACUCGGAAGGCGAGCUGCAGAGAACCUGAGAAUAAACCAUCAGUACCAGGAGGUGCUGAGGAACCUGGUGAAGCGCUACGUGGCCGCCAUGAUCAGAGACGCCAAGACGGAGGAAGGCCUGACUGAAGACAACUUCAAGGAACUGAAGCAAGACAUCUCCAGUUUCCGUUACGAGGUGAUGGGCAUGAUGAAGACGGGGAGGCCGGCACUGCAGGGCGAGCGUAAGACCACCAGCAGCAGUAGCGGUUGUGGUCCGGCGGAGUCCACCCUGGCUUACCCCAACGCCUCGCUGAAGGUGGCUUCCUGUGCUACUGGCACUCACACUAAGAGCAACCGUUUCAAGAUCACCGCCUCCAUCCUCAAACGGACGGGUUCUGCAGCCUCGCCUAGACCGCCUGAAGCCCCCAAUGGCCUGCCCAACGGGGUCCUACCCUUAGACUUUGGUUUGUUCAACAAGCACCACCGGGUCACCUACGAGGCCACGCCUGGCGCAGGAGAACCCUCCAGGAACAUGUAUCCGUUAUCAGAGGAGGCGGAGUCAGAUGAGCAGGACGAACAAGGUCCAAGUUGUCUUCCACAGAUGGAAGACGAGGCCUCAGUGAGAGACAAAGACCCAAACAGUGACAGUAGCUUACUGGAUCCUGAGGAGCGUGAGGAGGAGAGCGUUCCCUGAAAGGGAGCAGCCUGCACAUGAGAAAGUGAAAGCAGGAAGCAGGAAGUGAAAAUCCUGAUCAAAUAGCACAGUGACAUCAUGGCGUGGACACUCAGUGUAAGGACACAAUCAAAGACCUCCACCAGGGUUGAAGCGCUCUGAGUCUGUUGUUUGUUUUGUCAGCUGUAACUAGCGUUGGGCAUCGAGUUUCAAAGCGUCAAGGAGAACCAGGACUAACAUUCAGAUUCUCUUGGGAUGGUUCAAAUUUUUGGAAUUAAUUGUGUAGUUUCGACUGGAAGAAAUAGCCACAACCACCAACGAAGAAGAAGCAGCCACGAGGUUUGGCUUAACCUCACCAAAAAUUGCAACACAAUGAUAUGACGCAAAGGAGGGUGCACGGCCAACAUGAUUAAACACCUCCAGAUGCGUAGCGUAGAAAUAACCAAGAUGGACUUCCUCUAAAGCAGUCACUAAAUGAAGUCUGUCUCAUGGGUUCAGGAUGCCCACUGAUGUAAAUAAAGCACAGGAACUAUGGCUGCAGGAUGCAAGUUUAUUUCAUUGAUUUAGUUUAUUCCCAUCUCUUUGAGCAAAAGAGCAACCCACACAACAUAUGUCCUGCCUUCAAAAUAAAUGCACCGUGCACUAUGUCCUGUUUACUUGUGCUAACAAAAUGAGGGGUGCAAUAAAAACAGCUUACACCAACAUUGAGGCAGCAAACUAUGUAUAAUAGAGCUAACAUGGUGGCACCAUGGUGGUUGUUUGCUAUUCUGCACCCAAGUUAGUGCAUGUUUUAACAUUAACACAUAAACAGCAGCAUAUCUUUUGUGAAAGUGUACUUUUGUGAAAAUAGGUCUGUGAUCAAUUCAUAUUAAAGUUGAUCAAUUUAUUCCAACUCAUGGGUAAGUUCAGACAUUAGCGAAAAGAGGACAUCUUCUUGUGGCAGGAAGUUGUUUUUUUGUCAUCAGAUAAUGACUAUUUUCCGUCCAUCAAUCAACACACUGCACCGCGUUGAGAUCCGCCCCGUUACGUACCCCAAAAGGUGGUAUAGAGCAUUAUUUUGGUAACCUUCACAACUUUUUGGAAAUCUGUGCUUGUGGAAACAGACGUUUGGGGGAAACAGAUGUCCACUUUGAGACUCAGGGAGGUGUUUGUUUUGAAUGUUGUCAUGCUAGCAGAUUUAGCAACAAUUUUGACAAAGUAUUGUGGGGAUUUUAGUUGUCAUUUGCUAAUUUCACUCGCUGUUUUUUUUUUCAAAAUUCACAUUUAAAGUAGCCUCCUGCUACCUCCUUCCUGUCCUCUCCGUGGUCUCAGCAGAGCAGACGUAGCAUUGAUUGUGGUUGAGACUUUUAGGCUGCCUUGUUUGUCUCCUUGUGCACUUUGUUACUCUUUACCCCCCUCUGGCAUUGCUUUCUAUGCAAGAAGAAAUUCCCAUCUUACGCUAACAGUAGAGGGCAGAUUAUCACUGACACAUUAUUUGUUUAUUAUUCUUAUGAUAACUAAACCUCACAUAGAAUGUUGCUGAUUUGAAACAUCUUGCUAGUUGGUUUUGAAUGAGGUCUUUGGGAUUUAAAGUGUUGAACAUAAACCUGAAAACAGUUUGUGAUUGUGUUGUCAAAAACAACAAUCACACAAGAAAUAAAAGUGUUGUUUGUGACAAAGCUUUGUGUGUGUGUGUGUGUGCGUGCACCGUGUAUGCUUGCAUUUUGGUCACAAUGAGUCCCAAAGGUUAUAUGACACGUUGACACUGCAAGGUAUGAUGCCCUAUUCCGCAAAGUGUGUGGGAAGUCACAAUCAUUGCUAUGUGUUUACGGAAGUAAAGAUUGUUUCAGUGUGGAUGCUCUCCUCGCCGCGUUUGUGACAAUUUCAAGGAUGCAAUGGAGGUAAAUAUUUUCUUCCCCUGUUGAUCCUGUGUUGCAGAAGAAAGUGGUCAAGAAUUUUGCAGAUGGCUGGAGCGUGACUACCUUUAUCCAAGUCUCGAUAGGCACGGCAAAGCACGCUUUUGGAUGAUAUAGGUUGGAUAUACGUAUGCGACCUGACCAUUUAGACUGCACUAGCAUCGCAUACAUAUUAGAUUUAUAUAUAUAUAUAUUUUUUUUUUUAUGGGAAUUGACCUGCAGUAUGAACGUAGCCAUAAUUUAGAGGAAAGUUUUUACCCAUAAGAAGCCACGUCAUUGGUACUUAAUGUAAAACUUAAUGUCAAAAAAGUCUGAAUCAAAGCAAAGAACAUGUAUUUAUUGAAAAUCAUUACAACAAACAGUGACAUUUAUUGAGUGUCUCAUUUGCUAUUAUGACAAAUAGGCUUUCCAUCGCAAUUUUAAGGCUACACCUAUGACAGUGAUAUUUUCCUCGCUUGUUUUUAUGAAUUGUAAUAUUUGACACCUUAUUAAAGCAUUAAAAUUGUUAAAUGGCUUUCUAAUGAGCUUCAAUGGCAAAAUAAACUCUUUUGGGAGUGAUAUAGCUUACCUGAAUGCCAUUUUGGGGAAGCCAUAUUGGAAGAGUCACGAGACUGUCACAUGACAACAACUCCAAAAUGUUUCCUAGCGCUUCCGAUGUUUAAGUGAAUUGAUUGUGCCAAAAUCUUGUAAGAUUAAAAAUGUAAUCAUUGUUUUGUUAUUACAGCUAAAACAUCCUGUGUUCUAUCAUGGCAGACAUUAGCAUCGUGAGGGCAGAAAAUAAUCAUU